CUGGGGCAUUCAGCAGCACAUACACAGAACUCUUGAAGUACCUAAGGAAGUAGUAUGAAUAUCCCUGUAUUCCGUUCUUCACUUACAGUCAGGUGCUUAUUAGGCAUAAACUACAGAGAGGGAUGCACGACCACACUAAUGAGAACCCCAUUAAUAAGCGUGCGUUUAGUUAAAAGCAGGUACCUAUCGCUGGGCUGUCUAAGCACCAGGGACGCACACAGUGGCACUCCAGGGUCUGCGGACACAACCAUCACCCCUCGGCUUGUGCUUUGCCUGGCGUGCCUGGCGUGCCUGUCCACCAAAGGAAUGACGCAACUUGAUUUCCGCCUACCACUGAUUCUAUUCUCCAACGACACGACACACUAAGAAACCGACAUCAACUCUUACACCAACCAGUUGCCACCACUUCGUCCAUUUGCCUAUCGAAGAACCUCAUAGAGCCUCAUUCGUCGACUGUUAGCCUUUCCCCGGCCUCGACCAAACUGCCCUCGCCGCAGAGCCAGUGACAUUGUACAAGUUGCCAUCGCCUUCUCCCGCAUUCCUCCAACACAAUGACCUGAACGUCUCUCCUGCGUUGCCAAACUCAUCACCUCUAUCUCUCCACGUCCUGCUAUCUGCCUAUCCUCAAAUACCCGGCCUUACGUUGCCUGUUGAAUUGGAGAUUAUGUUGUUAAGAUUUGAGUCAAAAUGGGGCCAAUUUCGAUUGAACGUCGAACCCAACACAAGAUUCUCUGCCUUGGCUGGUCAGAUUCUCGAUAACCUCCCUCCAAAUACCGAUGCCGCCUCCAUUACCCUGAGCAACAAACCCAUCAGUUCAAAGUCCAAUCCCGAGAACGAACGAAGACUCGCCGAUCUACCAGGCAUAGAAAUUCAUCAAGUCGGGCUAAAACAUGGAGACAAACUCUUCCUCGGCUUUUCAGAGGUUGAAAACCUAUCCAACGGCCACACCGACAGUGGAACCACCUCCGCCCCGGCCGCCCCGAGACGGUUAAACGGAACAAUAGCUCUUCCUGAGACUGCUCCCCUGUCCAUUCCCUCUGUGACAUCGCCUACUCUGAUAAAGAACCCGUGGGAAUCUGUCAGACAAUCUGCGCUCGACGAUCGACUAGACAAACUCGAUGGAAAACUGUCACGGCCCCGAGAUCAGAAGAUGUGUCGACAUGGACCGAAAGGCAUGUGUGAUUACUGCCAGCCGCUAGAGCCCUAUGACAAAAACUAUCUCGCAGAGAGAAAGAUCAAACAUCUAUCCUUUCACAGUUACCUGCGAAAGAUCAACUCGGCUACCAACAAACCAGAAUUGAAGAGUUCGUACAUGCCUCCGCUUACAGAGCCAUACUAUCGGGUGAAGAAAGACUGCCCAUCGGGCCAUCCCCCGUGGCCAGGUGGUAUCUGUUCAAAAUGUCAACCCAGUGCCAUCACGUUACAACCUCAGGAAUUCCGCAUGGUCGAUCAUGUCGAAUUUGCAUCAGCACAGAUGGUGGACAAGCUGAUUGACUUUUGGCGGAGAUCGGGAGCCCAGCGACUUGGGUUUCUCUACGGUCGGUACGAAGAAUAUACAGAAGUCCCACUAGGCACCAAAGCCGUGGUCGAAGCCAUCUAUGAACCGCCGCAAAUGUGCGAAGUCGAUGGCCUGACGCUUUUGGAAUGGCCCAACGAGAAAGAGAUUGAUGCGGUCGCGCAGGCGUGUGGUCUUGAGCGCGUCGGAGUUAUUUUCACCGACCUAGUGCCGUCUGAGAGUGGUGAUGGUCAGGCUAUCUGCCGUCGGCAUGUGGACUCAUACUUCCUGUCAUCACUGGAAAUCGCAUUUGCGUCGCGCUUGCAGGCACAAUACCCUAAGGCAUCCAAGUGGAGUGACACGGGUCGAUUUGGUUCCAGCUUUGUCACCUGCGUGGUGACUGGAGAUCAGGACGAAACCAUCACCAUCAAUGCCUACCAAGCAUCCAACGCUGCUGUCGAGAUGGUGCGAGCCGACAUCGUCGAGCCCUCGGCAGAACCUAGCGUGAUGCUGGUUCAGGCGGAAGAUGAUGAAGUCGACGGCACUCGGUCACGAUAUAUUCCCGAGGUUUUCUACCGGCGUAUCAACGAGUAUGGAGCCAAUGUUCAAGAAAACGCCAAACCGAGUUUUCCAGUCGACUACCUGCUUGUUUCACUCACAGCAGGUAUGCCAAUCAGUCCAAAACCGUUGUUCAAGAGCGACAAGUUUCCCAUCGAACAUCGCGAGGCGGUGGCCCAAGGCCAAGAUCCUCGAGAUAUUGCAAAGCAGUUGAAAGGAUCCAACAUCGACGCUGUCUCGGAUUUUCACCUGUUGUGUUUUCUGCACGGCAUGGGUGUUUUCAGUCAGGUAAGCAAGCUCACAUUCUGCGAGGUCGAUACUGAGGCGGUGAUUAGGAUGAGGAAAAACUGCUGUGCAAGGUUGCGACCCGUGGCGACAAAGUAGACGCAGUCCAUCUGACAGAAUCUUCGGGAUGGGGAACGUUGAUGGCUAUACUCGAAUCUUAUGGUGAGCGGCCCUUGAAGCGUACUUGGUCUCUGGAUACAACCGAUGAUAUUUCCAACCCUGAGGGCCCAUCGGAUGGCUUGGCUAAGAGAUUCAAACAGGCGGCUAGCCUUGACCGGUGACGAAACGCCGCUAUGCAUCACGAUCAGCUGUUUCGAUGCAUCGCUGGAUGACCCCAGUCAUGACUUCCGAUUCCCCCAUGCCAGUUGAUGGCCGGGGCAGUAUUGUGAUGGCGUCGAGAGAGCCUAGUGCGGAACGAUGGCGACUUUGAGUGAAGCGAGAGCGAGAGCGAGAGCGAGAGCGCACCCCAGGUCGCGUUAAACAGCGGUGACUCUAAUGGCCCGAAAUAUCACCGCCAUAUGAAUCACGGCAUGAGCAUUGCGACUGCGCAAAGGCGUAAAGCUAGGCGGUAGAAAGAUAUCUUGGAUCGUCAUGGUGAUGGGACAGAGGGAGGUGACAUCUAUUGGACGCUCAUGAGAUAAGGGUCAAGACGUAGUGAUCUACAGUCACGAGCCCCAUACGACUGACCGUUUGAGGACUAAGGAUUGAUUGAUGAAAAAGGGCCCAUCACCUGUUUUAGGGAUGGGCAGUGUAGAUCAGUCAUAGGUAGCUAUCUAUCGUCUCGGAUGUACACAGGCAGGAGAGGCAUUACAUACUAGCAGAAUUCCAUGGAUCAGUGUUUAGUGUGCAGGCUCAUCAC